AUCAUCGAACUUUGCAAUUAUGUCACGACGUCCGAAAAUUUUCAACGUGCUUUUUAUUCCCCGGCUGUUCGGAUCAAACGGCGGCGAAUGUGAGUUGGACCAAAAUUUUCGAUUAAAACGUCCUUUUUCUGGCUUCUUUUCUCAUUUUUUGUUUAUGUGAACUUUAUUUUCUCCUUUUUGAGCAUUUUUAUACCGUUUCGAUCAGUUUUUAUUGUAUGAAUCGGUGAGAAUUCUAAAAAGCGUGUACAAACAUUUCUUGAUUUUUAUGUUGUUUUAGCUCUUUUUUCAUUCGGUUGAAAAAAAAAUGAAAAUUUUAAGGACUAUUUUUCCCUUUUUCUUUAUUUCUAGAAUUUGAUAGCUUUCAGAUCGCCUCAACGCAAUAUCACAUGGUUUUCGGGAAAAAACUUCCGAUGCAGGUUUUUCUCGCCUACCGAGGUUAUGGACGUCAGGUGGGAUUUUAUGAUCUUUUUUUUUUGUUUUUUUUUCGUAUUUUAUUUAUAGAGUUCUUGAUUGAAAAUGAUAUAAUUUAAGCUGUGCGAACAGCAAUGCUCAAAAGAGGGAAUGUUGGCCUGUCGAAGGGGAAUGACUUCCAUGGAUCAACAGGAGGAACAGGUUGAAAUUUUUCCAUUUUGUCAGAUCAGGCUUUUAUAAAAGUUCAAUUUUAAAGAUUAAUGAGACGGUUGGAAACUAGAAGUAAAAUCUUUUUCACGGUUAAAAAAAUUUAUUUCGAAACUGUGUCUUACAGUUGAAUUUUUAAACUUUCUAGUAGUAUUUUUUUAUUUAUCGUCUGCUCAAGCCUUCGAUACACGCUUUCCUUUUGAAUGUUAAACUUUUUUUCGGGAUUUUUUUGGAGCCAGAAAUUUUUCCACCAAUUUUUUUGAACAUUUUUUUAAAUUUUUUUGAGUUGAAUUCGGUUUUUUUCAAGUAUUACUGUUUAUUUAUAACAAAAUCAACCCUUCAUUAAGCUUCGAUAGACGAUUUUUCAAACCAGAUAAGUUUUUUUCUCAAUGUAAAGUUUUUUUUUGUAAAUAUGAUGUUCUUUUUUGAGUAGGGAUUUUCUUGGGUUCUUUCUCUUUUUUUUAAGUUUCUGAAUAUAUUCUUGUUAUUAAAUUUUUUUCUUUUUCGUUUCCACUGAACCGGGGCAUAGACAAAACAAUAAAAUAGACAACUUUGAAUAAUAUGAAAUUUUUAUGUUCCGGGUUUGUCAUUUUUUCAAGUUUUAUAACCUCACUUUACAUUUCAUGCUUUCGUUUUUAUCUCUUAUUAUUGAAUUUUAAAUUUCUCAUUCGGUUGGUCACGCCUCUGAGACUUUGAAAAAGAGUUCAAAAGACUUCCCAUCAUCUUAUCUUUCAGCGGAACCUUUUCAGUUCCUUUCUUAGGAACUUCAGAGUGGUCCCUAUAGGGGCAACUUUAGACUCCCUUGGAGGGUUCCCUCUAGGGACCACUUUACGAAGCCUUAAAGGGGCCACUAAAGCUUGCAAAAGUGGUCCCUAUAGAGGACAUGCUAGUCGAUAAAUUAUAUGAAUUCUAAGCAAAGAAGCACUUACAUGAGAAAAACUGGCUAAAUAACCGUUUUUGAAUGAAAUUGAGAGACCCAUAUAGGGUCCACUCGAGUUUUAGAGGCUAAGGGGUCAGACCCUAAAUCCCUAUAGGGACCGCCUUAAUUUUACGCCUAGAUAGACCACUUCUUCGACCCCUAUAGGGAUCACUCUGGAAUUCCUAAGUGGAGUUUUUUUUUCAAGCUUCAAAAUCCACUCGAGUUUUAGGGGCUAAGAAGUCAGAACCUAAAACCCUAUAGGGACCACUCUGGUUUCUCAAGUCUCAGGACCCUCAAAGGAACUCUUCCAGGGAAACUUAUUGGAGCUCUCCUCAAUAAUCGGCCACAUUCAACCCAACCGCGACACCACCGUCGCUUGCGAACGUUUCCAGAAGCUUCUUAUUAAUGUAAAUAAUAAUAAAAGACAAGGAAGAUAUUGAUCUUUUCCCAGUUAUUACGGAUACGAAGCGAACAUUGCGGUGAGCUCGCCAAGUGUACCUGUUCCGAGGCGACCAUCCAACAGGUUAUUUUCAUUUUCUAAAACGGAACCUGAAUGUCCAUUGAAAAUUAAUAGUUAUGGAAUAAAAUUUGUAAGGAUGCUGAAACAGAAAAAAAAUGAAUUGAACAAAAUGUUUUUAUUAUUAUCUCAAUGACGUCAUUGACUUUCUCCAACUAGCUGAUGAAUGUUUUUUCAGCUAACUGAGAAUUUUUUAGGGAAAUCUCGAUUCUUCAUGAUUUUCUUAUGCCAGUUCUAUUUUACAAUCUGUCGAAAUAUCAAAAAUUCCAAUUGAAAAUGAAAAGUUAGUUUUUUUACUAUUACUACAAGGCGGAAAAAAAGCCGACAUUCUGACAAAUUUAUUUCAUUUUUUUCUUAAAGGUUCCGCUGUUUCUCAUUGAAUUUGUUUUUUUGAUCGUAAUUCUCAAAGUGUUAUGUCUUUUUCUGAGGACAUAUUUUUCAUAUUUCAAAAAAAUUCCGAGAUGAGAAAAAUCGAUAGGAAAGUACUGGAGUGGCCACUUGGGAGGCCUUCUUUUUUUCUUACAAAAAUCCGAUAAAUUCUGGGGGGGAUUCUUUUUUUCAAGUAGCUGAAAUGAUUUUUAAAAUAGUUGUCAAACUUUUUUUCCAAGGAAAACUUUAAAAAAAAUGAGAGAAUUUUGGAGAAAAAAAGAAAAAAAAUCAGCCGAUUUCGCUAGAGCACACUUGAUAAUUUUUUUGGUUUUUUUCUGGUUCCAUCAAUUUUUUUCAGUUUGAAAAAGGUUAUUAAGUGAAAAAAAUUUGGAUUUUUCCAUGGGUUUUUCUUUCGAAAAAAAUAUGAAUUUUUGAAGUCUUUAAUUAACUUAACUUCAAUUGGGAUUUCUUUUUAGGGUGUCGACGGCUGUAAUAUGGGCUGCGAACAUUUCCUGCAGAUGGACCUUCGGCGAUUGGCCGCCGCCAAUUCCCAGAACUACUUUUUCAUUAUCUUCUUCAGUCAUUUUUAUUCCUUUUUACUGUAUCUUUCAUCAAUAUUUAGUCUCCGAAAUUAUUAACAAAACCGCCUUGAAUCAAGAGGGUGCUUUGAAUUCAGAAAAACAACAUUUUAUUACUUUUUAGCUUAUAUAUACCUCACAAUUUUUGGAUAAUAUUGAGAAAAAGCCAUAACUCUUACGGGUCUCUAUCCGAUGCUUUCCCCAUCUUUCUUUCUUCCUACUUUUCCUUAAUCUUUGAAGAGAAAUUAUUCGAAAUAAAAUGUGAUUUCAUGAAGAUUCCGGAAAGUUCUGGUCAAAGCGAAGAUGAAAAAUCAAACUCGAAUCUUGUUUUGAAGUGGAAAAUUAGUGGAACCACGUUGGAAAACAGCAAAGUCAGCCGAAAAACAAGGUUUUUGCACGGUAAGCAUCGGAUUGAUAGCGGAUUUUUCGCUGACGAUGUUCGUCUCCAGGUUUUAUCAGCAUAAACAGGGCUGAUAAGAACUGGAACGGCUUGGUAUAAAUAGCAGGGCUGGAGGAGGUCAGACAGUCGAGUCUGAUCAACUACAGCCGCCAUGGGUGAGUUUCUCCCGCAUUUCUUCUUCCGAACAUCCAGAUUUGCAGAAGAGUUCAAGAAGAUGAUCACGGAGAUGUACGAGAUGCGCCGAACGGGCCGUUUCGAGGACUUCAUGAAGAAGUUCACGACCCAGGACUGCUGCUUCAUGAGCUCCAUGCACGAUCCCGUCGACUGCCGAGGUACUCCGUUGGACGCUUUUGAAAUGCGGUCGUUUCCAGGCGCCAUCAACGUCUUCAACCAGCCACAGAUGAAGGAACUCUGGAACAGCGUCCACGACGUCAAGCUCGAUGACGUCAAGGUAUUCUGGAUGGAAGAUGCCGAAAAAGUGGGAUAUUCAGAUGAUGAACGACAUGGCCGUCCUUCGCACUUCUUUCACCUGCAAGAUGCGCUCUGGCGAGAGGAAGGGCUGGUGAGAGAGGCGCAGAGAGAUACAGUAUCAUUUUUCGUGUCAGGAGCCUGAUGACGAUGGUCAAGGAGGGCGGCAUGUGGAAGAUGCGCCACUGCUGCAACGCCUUCCGUUGUACCGACAUCUGA